UCGCUGUGCCAGAGCACUAAUCGCAUUUGUGUGUUUACAAUUUGUUGUGCCGUCCAUGAAGUAAGCAUCGAAGGAAUAUGUGCCUUCCAGUUCUGGCAAAUGGAUUGUUUCAUACUGCCGCUGCUGGUAGUGCGUGCCGCAAGCCGACAAUAGGUCUUGUGGGAACAUUUUUGCUACGUUUCCUACAUUUGCUUGAGCACAGCCAAGAAACAAGCAACGCAUCUUUCAAGGCUUAAAAGACAACUGUCAAGCUGGCACCUUCUUUGCCCUCGGAUCUGGACGCAGCAGGGGAAUAGCAACUAGGCAGCUUUGUUGCAUUUCCAAAUCAGUGGGGGGAAGGGAAAGGUCUUAAAUGGUGAAUGGAGAAGUGGAGUCAUAGAGUAAUUCAGUAUUUACUGAUGAACAUAGCAAAGGCGCAUCCUGAAGAAUAGGGGGGUGAGAAUGGGGAGCCGUGCGGAAUAGCUUGGUGCAUUGAAUGUGGAUUACGUUCCAGUACAUCAGGUCUCUUCAAACUAACAAACUCGCUUACAAGCUGGACAAGGCUAUGGAAACACAUUUAAAUGCGUUCUCACUGUCUACAGGAAUGAAGCUGUGGCUGGGUUCUUCAAGGGAAUGUCUUUCCCACUAGUUAGCAUUGCUGUCUACAACUCAGUGGUAUUUGGUGUCUUUAGCAAUGCCCAAAGACUCAUUAGCCAACAGCGCUAUGGGAAUUCUAACCAUCCUCCAUCACUUACGGACUUGGCUUUAGCAAGCAUGGCAGCAGGGGCUGUUUCAGUUGGAAUUGGUGGUCCAGUUGAUCUGGUAAAGAUAAGGCUGCAGAUGCAGACACAAACAUUUAUAGCAGCAGCCAACCUAAACCUGAAGCACAGAGCGACUGGCCUUUCAGUAGAGACUGCUUACAGAGGUCCAGUUCACUGUGUUGGCAUGAUCCUUCGGCAUGAGGGUUUAGGGGGAUUAUACCGAGGUUCUGCUGCCAUGAUUCUGAGGGAUAUUCCAGGAUAUUGCUUCUACUUCAUCCCUUACACAUUACUUUGUGGAUGGAUCACUCCAGACGGAUGCCUUUCUCCAAGUCCCUUUUCUGUGUGGAUGGCCGGUGGCAUUGCAGGAGCAAUAUCUUGGGGAACAGCCACUCCUAUGGAUGUUGUCAAGAGUCGCCUUCAAGCUGACGGGGUUUAUUUGAACAAAUACAGAGGUGUCAUCGACUGUAUCUCCCAAAGUUACCACAGUGAAGGUCUAAAAGUCUUUUUCAGGGGCCUUACAGUGAAUGCAGUGCGAGGAUUCCCAAUGAGUGCUGCCAUGUUUCUUGGAUAUGAGCUUUCACUCAAAGCUCUAAGAGAACAAGCAGAAGCAAAUCCUUGAAUUCCAGGGAACUUGUGUACUUGGCCAUGGCUUUCACUUCCUGAGCCAAAUCAACUGCGCAGCCUUGAUCAGAAACUUGAUUUUACCAACAUGGAAUACGAAGUGAAGAAAUUUCAUCAGAGAAUGUUCCGAUCACGAUGAGUGAUUUUUUGAUAUGGUACAUGGACUGAAGAGUUUUGAGGAUGCAUCAGCUGAAUACUCAUUCAAAUCCUCUCUCUUCUAAAAUGUUUUGUUCUAAAGACAAAAGCAAUUUUAACAUGUACAUGGUUGUCUGGCAGUGAUAAAAACGUUUAUUGGUGAAGUAAGAGUGCAACGUGUUCUGCUGGGAAACGACCACAAAUGUCCCUUUCUAGCACCAUCAGUAAGUAGUUAAUUGUGGUCCUUGAAGAAUCAAAGAAAAUAUACUGUAU